AUGGAUCACUCUGACAAUCCUUGGUCAUCUCCACCUCCAAGUUACAGUACCUUCCCAAAUAACCGUCCAGGUACUGAUCAUGGUCCAAGCAAUGAGCGGACACCACUAAACCAGCCAAAACCCAAGAGGAUUAGGAAGUGUUCAUCUACCUUGAAUGUCCUGAUCGUCCUCCUCUUGCUAGUGGCCUUCACCUGGCACUGUGUCAACGACUACUCCAACAUCCAUCGCACGGACGUCCAGGAAAAAAUCCGCCAACGUCAGGAGUUGGAACGUUUAAAGCGGAUCGAGUACGAGGACGCUCAGCGAAAGCAAGCGCAUGAGCGGGAGGACGAAGAGCGGCGGAAGGUGUUUGAAGAAGAGGACCAAUGGAAGAGAAGAGAGAGGGAGAAGCAAGAUAGAGAAAUCGAGCGUGAAGAAACUAGGCGGAAGCUGGCGCAUGAAGAAGAAGACGAUAGGAGGAGGAGAGAGAGAGAAAGAGAAGACAAAGCGAUUGAGCUCGAGGAAAAACGGCGGAGGUUGGCGCAUAUGAAGGAGGAUGAGCAGCGGCGGUUAGCACACGAGAAAGAGGACAGGGAGAGGAAGGAAGAGAAGGGGAGGUGGGAUAGAGAAAUCGAGCAAGAGGAGCGCCAGAGAAGAGAGCAUGCCAUCCAGGCGAAGGAGGAUGCGAUACGGGAAGAUGAAGAACGCAGGAAGCGCGCAGGGCUAACCUGGCACGACUUGACGGCGGAGAAGCAGUGUUUGAGUUACGAGACGAGGAUGUAUCACGCGGAGCUGGUAAACAUUCCCUAUGGAGAGGAUGCAGAGAGUUGGUGCAUGAAGACGGUUAUCGACAUCCAUGGAGUCACGUACGACCAUCCAGACUUUUGCACGAAGGAGAGACACUGGAAUGGUGCCAUUAGUAUUGUUGGACAUUGGACCGUAACGUCGAACGAACCGACGUGCAAGACAUGGUGGAGUAAUCACGAGAAGAAGGGCUGCUAUGGCACCCACAAAAUGCGUGUUGAAGCACAAAUGCUCAACCAUCAAGAGCCUUGGGACAACUGGGCUGAGAUGUGCUUCUCCACCCCCUCUGAAUUCGCCUGGAAGAGCUUCGCUCACCCUGAUACGUGCGAGAACAAGGGUAAAUAUGGUAUCGUUGGAAGCUGGUUCAUCGACGUGGAUGAAAGCGAGUGCCCAUGA